AUGGAUCCCGAUAGACAUAAACAAGAGCAACAAAAACCAGUUCACCAACAACAAAGACGUUCAAUUGUUGAAGGCAUGGCACGUACAGCACCAACUUGUGCUGCUUUCGUCCAAGCAAUAAGUCUCUUUCGUGAAGUCAAUUCAACUAGUGAAACACCUUCAUUAACAGAAGAAAAUAUGGCAUCAACAAAAACUAUGCUAACUGAUACAGUUCGUAGUUCUUCAAUAAGAAGACCAUCAAGUCCACCAGGAAUAUUUAUUGAAAAACCACAAGCUAUUGCACGACGUGGUGCUUUACGACAAAAAAAUGUUUAUACAGUUAAAGAUCAUCAAUUUAUUCCAAGAUUUUUUAAAACACCAACAUUUUGUUCUCAUUGUCGAGAUUUUAUUUGGGGCUUUGGAAAACAGGGUUUUCAAUGUCAAAUUUGUUCUCUUGUGGUUCAUAAGCGUUGUCAUGAAUUUAUUUGUUUUACUUGUCCUGGUGUUGAUAAAGGAGCUGAUUCAGAUGCUCCAAAAAAUAAUCAUAAAUUUCAAACACAUACGUAUACUUCACCAACAUUCUGUGAUCAUUGUGGAUCUCUUUUAUAUGGUCUCAUACAUCAAGGUCUUAAAUGUCAAUGCUGUGAUAUGAAUGUUCAUGAAAAAUGUCGAAAAUUUGUACCAGAUUUAUGUGGGCUUGAUCAUACAGAACGUCGUGGUCGAAUACGUUUAAGUGUCAAAUAUGAACAUGAGAAUAAAUUAGUUAUUGAAAUAACUGAAGCUAGAAAUUUAAUUCCAAUGGAUCCAAACGGUUUAAGUGAUCCAUAUGUUAAAAUAAAAUUAAUUCCUACAACACCGGAUAUAACAAGAAAACAAUUACAAAGUAAAUAUAAAACAAAAACAGUACGUGCUACAUUAAAUCCACAAUGGCUUGAAAAAUUUACAAUUGAUUUAAAUGAUGAUGAUAAAGAUAAACGAUUAUUAAUUGCUGUUUGGGAUUGGGAUCGAACAUCGAGAAAUGAUUUUAUGGGUUCACUUUCAUUUGGUGUUUCGGAAUUAAUGAAAGAAUCAGUUCAAGGUUGGUUUAAAUUAUUAAGUCAAGAAGAAGGAGAUUUUUAUGCUGUACCCGUAUCUAGUGAAGAUAUAAGUAAAAUGAAACACUCUAUUGGAAGACAAAAAUCGGGUGUUCCACCACCUACACAAACAGGUGAUAUAGGAAUAGAUGGUUUCGAAAAACCAUUGGUACGUCAAAUAUCUCAUGCGGAAUCCAUUAAAGAAACAGAUUUUCAUUUUAUAAAAGUACUUGGUAAAGGAUCAUUUGGUAAAGUUGUAUUAGCUGAACGUAAAGGAUCACCAGAAGAAUUAUAUGCAAUAAAAAUAUUAAAAAAAGAUAUUGUUGUACAAGAUGAUGAUGUUGAAUGUGUUAUGAUUGAAAAACGUGUAUUAUUAUUACAAGAUAAACCAAGAUUUCUUGUUCAACUUCAUUCUUGUUUUCAAACAGAUGAUCGAUUAUUUUUUGUUAUGGAAUUUGCUAAUGGUGGUGAUCUUAUGUAUCGAAUACAACAUGAAGGAAAAUUCAAAGAACCAGUUGCUUGUUUUUAUUCGGCUGAAAUUGCUGUUGGCCUCUUUUAUUUACACAACAAAGGAAUUAUUUACAGAGAUCUAAAACUCGAUAAUGUUCUUUUGGAUAAAGAAGGACAUAUCAAAAUAGCUGAUUUUGGAAUGUGUAAAGAAGGAAUAAUAAACGACGUUAGAACAUCAACUUUUUGUGGAACACCAGAUUAUAUUGCUCCUGAGAUUAUUUUAAAUCAAAAGUAUGGUAAAAGUGUUGAUUGGUGGGCAUAUGGCGUUUUACUUUUUGAAAUGCUUGCUGGACAACCACCAUUUGAUGGCGAAGAUGAAGAAGAACUUUUUACAACUAUUAAAGAUCGUAAUGUAUCUUAUCCAAAAUCAAUGUCAUUCGAAGCUGUGAAUAUUUGUAAAGGAUUAAUGACAAAAAAUCCUCAAAAACGUCUUGGUUGUCAUCCAUUAGAUGGUGAACGUGAAGUAAAAGAACAUUCAUUUUUUCGUCGUAUUGAUUGGCAAAAAAUUGAAGCACGUGAAGUUCAACCACCAUUUAAACCUAAAAUAAACAAUCCUCGUCAAGCGGAAAAUUUUGAUAAAUGUUUUACAAACAAUCCAUUUAAAAAGACAGAAUGUGAUAAACUUGUACUUGCUUCAAUUAGUGAUGAUACAUUUCAAAGUUUUUCAUGUUAUAAUCCACAUUUCAUCAGUGGUCUAAAAACAAAAUAA